UUCCGUCACUACCGAUUCGUUAUCGAUAAGAGCCUAUUCGGCGCGAGCCUGUGAUUGUUUUGGCGGGACCGACAUGGCGAUGGGCGAAACAAAGAAUACCCAUCAAACUAACAACGAGUUCUAUAUCGGGCUCAAGGGCACCUUUACUGACUCAGUCGUCCAGCCCAACAACACAAGGACAGCAAGAUGGACCCCGCCGCGCACCGGCGCAUCGAGCUGCAGUCUCCCGAGGACCUGACGUACCUAGUAGACAACGUCCGCCGCGCCGCCGCAGACAGCAUCAACACGGCCUUUCCGCCCGUAGAUAACCUGCCCGACGGGCAGGAAGACGAGCUGCGCAACCGCAUCGAGCAACUCGUCAAUGAUUACAUCCUCAAAACCUUCACCCUCGCCGCUCCGAACCUAACAAUCAACGGACUCCCCUUAUCCAACCCCGCUGCCCUCUUGACCCCCUCCUCCUCCAACGACCGUGACCCAGCCACACAACAACGACAACCCCGAGUUCACUACGAAUACGAACCCUUCGACCCGCGCAAGCGCGACCGCAUCGAGCAGCUCAUCUCGGAGGAAGAAGACUUGCUGCGGUCCAUCGCCUUGCUAAAGCGGCGCGCGCCGCAGGCCACGGCGGCGCGUUGGUCGGAUGCGACGCGCGCCGGCAUCGAUGCCGACGAGGAGCUUCUAAAGCUAGUCUGCGAGCGCGUCGCGGAGGAAGGGAGCGUCAGCGGGAAGAAGGCGCUGGAAGGCAUGGGCCCCCUCGAGAGGCAGGAGGACGUAGAGGGGAGGUGGGAUGAGGCAGUCGCGGGGCUGGGGCGGUUGAAGAGGGAUAUGCCGGCGGCGGUGGCUAAGAUGGAGCGGGCCAGAGUUGCGGCGGGGUAUGUCAGCGGUGGGAGGUGAGGGUUUUGAGGAUGGGG